UUUGGAACGUCGUGAACUUUUCUGCAAUGUGAUGACGCGGGGGAUGAAUGGUUACUAGCGUCAUGUCGCAGCAGUGCACGCACCUGGCAGCGGGUGCGCGAGCGGAGCAUGCACCGGCCUGAACUUUCUCUGAGUCGACAGCAUGUCGCGGCGACGGAUUGACGGCCGUUAAAAAAAUGCCGGUGACGCGACCACCGCACGACCACCACCGCAGCAGGCUCUUGUUGUUACCGCUGUCACAGUUGUCGUCGCACCGAGACGAGCUCGCUCGCGUAUGCGGUGUACCGCGACGAACGAUCGCGACUCCUGAAGCGAGCCCGGCGACUUACCGUGCCUUCGUCGCGUGCCGAAUGUCGCGCGUCUCGCGCACUGUGUACUCGCGGUAGAGGUUAGGUGUACCGGCACAUAACCUAAACGCGCAAGUGUUACGGAGAGUUAACAUCGAAAAGAGCGUCGCGCACUUUCAUUUUGGGAUUUAUCGUUUUGCGACAACGAUCGGAACGAAUUCCCAUACGUCAAACGUCGUCGGAGUGCUGAUUCUCUGCGCACUGGGUGGUCGGUGAGAUGGAAUGAGCUGGGUGACCACGGGACAAUGAAGGCCAAUGGAACAAACAAUGGCUGUAGCCGCCUAAAUACGCCAUUGGCAGCCACUACCACGCUGGAGGAUCCGGGUACGCCAGCCUCCUGGAAGGGCCCGCCGCCCGGUUCGGAGGCAUCGCCAUUCACACCCAAUUCCGUUGGCCAGGGUGGUGGUCCUGGCUCGGGUCCCUACAAUAGUACAGGCGGUCCACCUAGCAAUGCAGCUUUCCAAGGACCAAGUCCAUUUCCCGGUAGUGCCGGCAGUCCGGCAGGUGCGCCACCUUACCAAGGUCCACCUCCUGGCUCGGCGACGCCCCAGUACACUGCUUCUCCCGCACCCAGUGGUUCUUCGACACCAGGUCCUGGUCCACCGCCUAAUUCUAGCGGUUUCCCGCCACCUCCAAAUAAUUCCGGACCUCCGUACAACGGACCGGGUCCCAGUCCGUUUGGUUCACCCUCGGGAGCGCCACCUCAAUUCGUCGGCCGACCCGGUUCAUCGGGGCCACCGUUCGUUCCUCCAGGCGCCGGCAAUCCGCAUUUCCCAUCACACGGUCAACCAUUUGGCGGCCCGCAAUAUGGUAUGCCACCAGGAAGUCCAUUCGGACCUGGAGGCCAUCCUAUGGCAGGUCCAAUGGGUCCGGGACAUCCAGCGAUGAUGGGACCUGGAGGGCCAGUUGAUCGUCUAGACCAAGGAUCGUUACCUGUCCCCAGGAGGCACACGCCAGCUUACUACAACCAGCCUGACUACAGACUCCACGAGCUCAACAAGAGGUUAGCACAACGCACGGAGGAAAGCGAUAAUCACUGGUGGGAGUCCUUCGCGAACGAAUUCUUCGAGGAGGACGCCACCCUCACCCUACAGUUCUGUUUGGAAGACGGACCGAAACGAUACUCGAUAGGAAGGACGUUAAUACCUAGAUACUUCCGCUCGAUAUUCGACGGCGGAGUGACAGAACUUUAUUACACACUGAAGAAUCAGAAGGAGUCGUUUCAUACUACCACAAUAUCAUUGGACUGCGAACAAUGCACGAUGGUCACGCAGUACGUAAAGCCGAUGUUCGUUAAGGUGUUAACGGAGGGUAGGUUAAUAUUGGAGUUCACCUUCGACGAUCUCAUGAGGAUAAAGUCAUGGCACAUGACGAUAAGGACAUAUCGGGAGCUUAUGCCAAGAUCUGUCGUUGGCAUGCAGCAGGACCCGACGAUGAUCGAGCAGCUCAGCAAAAACAUCACCAGGCAGGGCAUGUCCAACGCUACUCUCAACUACCUUAGAUUGUGCGUGAUCUUAGAGCCGAUGCAGGAGCUGAUGUCGAGGCAUAAAUGUUACGCGUUGUCACCUCGAGACUGUCUGAAAACGACCUUAUUCCAGAAAUGGCAGAGGAUAGUUGCCCCGCCGGGUAAGAGAGAAUCGCAACGACCGGCCAGUAAAAGAAGAAAGAGGAAGGGUAGUACUUCCGGACCGGGAAACAAUGCGCCCCCUGCGCCCAGUAAGAAGAGGUCACCAGGACCAAAUUUUUCCCUAGCGUCGCAGGACGUGAUGGUCGUGGGGGAACCUUCUCUAAUGGGUGGGGAAUUCGGGGAUGAAGAUGAACGAUUAAUAACGAGGUUAGAGAAUACCCAGUAUGAUGCCGCGAACAAUCUGGACCCCCAUAGUCAUGAUACGGCAGGUGGUCCACCGCCGCAUCCGCAUCAGUUCCAUUCGGAACCGACGCCUGGGAAUUCAUGGCCUCCAGAUCGUGGUCCCGGUCCACCACAAGGCGGUCCUGGAAGCCAGGUACCUAUCGUAAAACUGGAACAUCCUUCUGAACAUGGAAAAACUUAGGGCGUUCAAGGUGGUCAAGCAGGGACGCCUGCGGGUGUGCAAGGAUCCCAAGAUGCAAGUCAACAACAGCAGGACAAAAAGAGCCCCG